AUGGAAGGAGAUAAAGAGCAUCCGUUGGUAAUCGGAAAAUUCAAAAAUCCUCAUGGUUUUAAAAAUAUUAAUAUGAAUAAUCUUGGGAUUCAAUAUGCAAAUAGCAAUAAAUCUUGGAUGACCAGUUUAAUUUUUAAAAACUGGGUUGAACGGUUAAAUUCCAAAAUGAGUGUGGAAAAUAGAAAGAUUUUGCUUCUUUUAGAUAAUGCGCCAGUUCACUAUUUUGAUGGCGAAUUCAGUAAUAUCGAAUUGUAUUUUCUUCCUCCAAAGACAACAUCUAAGAUUCAACCAAUUGAUCAAGGGAUUGUGCAUUCAUUUAAAUCGUUGUAUAAAAAAGGAAUGACUAGAAAUUUGAGUAUGGGAACAAAUAUAGGAACAUUGUCAUAUACAGAUGAACUUACCAAAUUCAAAUUAGUGAAUGCUCUACCUUUAAUUAUUGAGGCUUGGAACGAAGUCACAGUGGACUAUCAAAAAUUGCUUUAA